CAAUGAAUACUUUAUUAAUAUUCAAUUAUUAUAAUUUUUACUAAUAUGUAGUGAAAGAUAAUAGAUAUUUAAUAGUAAUAAUAAUUUUUAAAUAUAAACAUGAUUUGAUCUGAACUUAUUUUUUCUGAUCUGAUCUGAUCUGAUUUGAUUAAAUCUGAAAUAAACAAAAAUAAAGUCAACUUAACAUAGCCUGCCUCCUAAACUCUUAACAAGAGGGCCAAAAGCUGGAAAUCAUAACAGUCUGUUAAAUUUAAUUACCCUACCUAAAGGCUAUUACAGUAAAAAAAAAAAAAACUAACUUCCCUGUUUUUUGGUUCACUUUAUUUAAGACUUUCUCAUCUUUCUAUUCUCCUUAUUUUCAGGUCUCUCUCCUACGUGGCAUUCCUCUUCCAACUCAGCUCUUCCUCUACAAUUAAACAUUCUCCAUUUUUUUUCUUUAGCUUCUUCAUCAUAUCAUUUUCUCUCUCUAUCUAUAUAUAUAAAUACAUGAUGAUUCUUUUCCAUUUUUUGUUUCUUGAUUAAUAUUUUUGUGAGUAGAUUAUAUUCAUAUCUUUCUUCUUUACACCCUUUUAUUCUUAUCCGAUUUUUUCUCUCAUUCUUUCCGUGACUUGAUUGGCUUAACCACAAAUAAUUACAUCUAUUACAUUCUAUCGAAUUCUUUUUUCAUAUAUCUUUUAGUUUUUUUUUUUGAUAUAUUACAAAAAUUCUUCAUUAUAUAGGGUAGGGGAAAAACUCAAGGAAAAUUAAUUACUCGAACAAAUGUUGGACGGCAUAUUUCGCAGUAAUUUUAGAACAAAAUGCAAAUCGUUGUUAAAUCGGGUAAAAACUCGGUUAGAGGUAAUAAAAAAGAGACGUAGUGCAAUGCAGAAAUUUCUGAAGAAAGAUAUAGCUGAGCUUUUGAAGUCCAACCUCGAACGUAAUGCAUAUGGCAGGAAAACUGGAGUCAGCUUUCUUGAAUAUAUAUGGCGUCGACUCGAAUGCGCAAAUAUUGCAUCUAUGGCGGAAGGGUUAUAUAUGGAGCUAAAUCUAUCCUCAUGUUACGAGUAUGUAGAGCAAUGUUGCGCUUGUAUCGCGAUAAAUCUCAAAGAAAUGCAUAAGCAAAGCGAGUGCCCUGAGCAAUGUAGGGUUGCUGUGGCGUCCUUGAUAUAUGCUGCAGCUAGAUUCGCUGAUCUCCCUGAAUUGCGUGAUCUUAGGAAUCUGUUCAAUGAAAAAUAUGGGAAAGCAUUGGAGCCUUUUGUUAAGGAGGAGUUCAUGGAGAAUUUAAAGUCAACACCUCCUACAACACAAAUGAAGCUCUGGUUAAUUCAAGAAAUCGCGAAAGAAUUCUCAGUGACUUGGGAUCCAAAGCACUUGGAGCAGCAACUCCAAACUCCUUCCCUCCCUCCUCAGGUAAAACCUGCAAACUUGUUCAAAAACAGAUCCACCUUAAAUCAUGGGAAAGGAAAGCAGGUAGAUGAAGAUGACAAACAGAUCAAUGAAGAGGAAAGUGUUACAGCGGCUAAAACAAGAAGGCGUAAAUCUUGCUCAGGACUGAAAGAAAAUAGUGCUGAGAAAUUACAGGUGCCAAAUAUGCAAGAAGAGAGAAUCCCAACUACUGCUAAUAAUAGAAAGGCAUCCACUAAUAAAAUUGUCCCUGCUCCUUAUAUCAUAUCCAAUAAUAAUGAGGAUGAUGAUUCAUCUGGUAAAGCUAAACCAAGACCAAGAUCAGUGAGAACAAAGUUCUUGCAGCCAUCAGCAAGCACGAGCAGCACGAACAGCAGUAUUUCCGAGCAUGAGAUUGAUCCGAGAGAUAGCUUAAGUGCGAGGGUCACACAAGGAAGGAAACAGGAUAAGCUUCUAAGAGAAGAGGAGGGGGAGGAGGAAGAAGAAGAACUAAAUUUAGAUAAGUUGCUUUUAUCACAUUUGGGUAAAAAGAAGGGAGUAGAAACUUCUCCAGUUAGUACUAGUGUAAGAAAAGAAGAAGAUAAUGGAACGCCAAAAUUUGAGUUGCCUCCACCUCCAGGCAGACGAAGAUACCUGUUUACUGAACACGAAAAUCAGCCGGUAACACCAGUUAAGAAGGCAGAUAGUCAAAGAAAGUCGGGAAGUCGCAGCUUUGGAUUUCUUCCACCUGCUCAACAACAGCAAUAUGAUGAGUCUAAAUCAGUAAAAACUCAGAUGAGACAUGUAAGAUCUGCUCCAUAUCUCAACGAUGAGACGGGUGGGCAUCAGGUGCAUCCUAGGUUGCCGGAUUAUGAUGAAUUAGCUGAAAGGAUCGCUGUCCUGAAAAAUGUGUAAGGCAAACAGUUGCUGUAGUGCAACUUUUGAGGUUUUAAUCUUGUUACAUCUUACAGUCUUACCUCUAUAGGAAGAGGUAUACUAUACUUUAGUUCCUCUGUUAAUUAGUAAAUACUUCUUUUGGGUGCUAAUUGUAUAAAUAUACCUUUCAUUCAAGCAAAUAGAAAUUCCACCUUGUGUGGAGUAUAGUGGUGAAGACUGAAGACAUCAGAACUAGCAGCCUAGCAUUGAAAAGAACACAUUUAUGCAACAAUUUAUGCAAGCACUUACACAGGCAACCGAACACCAAAAGUAUACUGUGAACAUGGCAUAUCGCGCUAUUAAGGGUGUUGUAUAGUGAUUCUUAAGGAUUCUUCACUAGUGCCCAUACUAUAGAAGUAAUUUUUAGACAUAUCAGAGAUUGGCUACGAGGUGGUAUUGGUCGAGAAUGCGAAAGAUGGUCGCUGUUUGUGUGAGAGCUUGUUCUACAAUGCCAAUCAAAAAAGACCACCUUACAUCCACUUGGCUAGUUGCAAACAGCUAACAUCUACUAGAACCGUUAGUUUCACCAAACAAACCCUUAGAUGGGUGAUGACGUUCCAAUAGAUUUCAUUAAAAAUCUUCCGCUAUUAAGACAGAUUUCAUAUUUGUGGUAGUUGAUAGAGAAUAUGUUAAGUUUCUCUACGAUAAAUAUUAUCUUUCCUUUAUGUACAUAACUUAUGAGGGAAAAUUACUGUAUCCUAAUUCCUAUAUGGUUUCACUACAUAAAGAAUUAUAGCUUCCACAUAGUUUCGUUCUUAACCUAUUUUUAAGUUUCUCUUCAAGGUUAAGAAAGAAACUAUUUUUUUUUGUUGUUGAAUGAGGAGACAAAUGAAAGUUUGGAUUAUUCAUGUCAAUUUUUCUUAUUUUUAGUUUCUUUUUCAUUUUGAACUUUUUUUUUUAUUAGUUUACCCUUUGUUUUUCCAAAUCCAAAGUCAAAGUCAAAGUCAAUUAACCUUGACUUCUCUAUUAUAUAAAACAACACAUGGGGACACCAAAAAAUAGAAAAAGGAAUAAAAGAAAAAAAAAUAGG